CUUAGAACCGAGUUUUUUAGCAGCCGACACCAGCAAGGACAAGUUUGCAAUCAGGGGGGAAAAAACACGCAAGAUUGCCCUUCGUUUGACGUUGGAAUUUUUAUAUUUUAAAAAUAACUGGUCAUAAAUUCAUACUUGAGGAUUAUUGCUGGAUUUCUAAAUAAUUUGCAGGGUUUUAUUACUUCUGCCGGGGUGAUUUGGUGAAACAGGCAGCUUCACCAUGAAGUUGACGGGAAUAUUUUUGCUAUUGAUGCUUUGGACCUGCGAGGGUGCGCGGGUCGCAGAGAGCCGAGACGACAACAGCGUGUUCGACUUGUUCGAGCACGUCCAAGUCCCAAAGAAGAGCCAAGCGGUCACCCUGGUGAAGGGAGACGACCCGUACAGCCCCGCCUACAAGAUCCUCAACCCGGACCUGAUCCCCCCGGUCUCCGAGAGCGCCUUUCGGGACCUGAUCGACUCCAUCCACGCCGAGCGCGGAUUCCUCCUGCUGCUCAACUUCAAGCAGUUCAAGCGGACCCGCGGCAGCCUGCUGACCGUGGAGAAGCGCGACGGCUCCGGGCCCGUGUUCGAGAUCGUCUCCAACGGGAAGGCCAACACCUUGGACAUAGUUUUCUCCACCGAGAACAAGCAGCAGGUGGUUUCCAUCGAAGACGUGGAUCUGGCCACGGGCCACUGGAAGAACAUCACGCUGUUCGUCCAGGAGGACCGGGCGCAGCUGUUCGCGGGAUGCGACGAGGUGAACACCGCGGAGCUGGACGCGCCCAUCCAGAGCAUCCUGACGCUGGAGACGCCCGACAGCGCGCAGCUCAGGAUCGGCAAGGGAGCCGUGAGGGACAGGUUCAUGGGGGUCCUGCAAAACGUGAGGUUUGUGUUUGGAGCAUCACUGGAAGCCGUCCUCCGCAACAAAGGAUGCCAAAGCUCAUUGACGGCCGACUCCAUGAUCCUGGAGAACCUCAAUGGUUCCUCAGCCAUCAGGACCGAAUACACUGGACACAAAACCAAAGACCUGCAGAUGGUCUGUGGCUUCUCCUGUGAGGACCUAGUGAGCAUGUUCAAGGAGCUGAAGGGCCUCGGUGUGGUGGUCAAGGAGCUGUCCAGUGAACUCCGCCAGAUGACGGAUGAGAACAAGCUGAUUAAGAACCGCGUCGGCGUCUGCCUCCACAACGGCAUCGUACACAAGAACAAAGACGAGUGGACCGUCGAUGACUGCACCGAGUGCACUUGUCAGAACUCGGCUACUGUGUGCCGCAAGAUCUCCUGCCCCCUGAUCCCCUGUGCUAAUGCUACUGUUCCUGAUGGAGAGUGCUGCCCACGCUGUGGAACACCGAGCGACUAUGCAGAAGACGGCUGGUCGCCGUGGUCUGAAUGGACCCAUUGUUCCGUGUCGUGUGGGCGGGGCAUCCAGCAGCGUGGGCGCUCUUGCGACCGUAUCAAUAACAACUGCGAGGGCACCUCUGUGCAGACCCGCGACUGCUACCUCCAGGAGUGUGACAAGCGAUUCAAGCAGGAUGGCAGCUGGAGCCAUUGGUCACCCUGGUCCUCCUGCUCUGUAACAUGUGGUGCAGGCGUCAUAACCCGCAUCCGCCUCUGCAACUCCCCCACCCCUCAGCUUGGAGGCAAGGUCUGCGAGGGAGAGGGCCGGCAAACCGAGAAGUGUCAGGAAUCUCCGUGCCCCAUCAACGGUAACUGGGGACCCUGGUCACCAUGGGAUGCCUGCACUCUCACCUGCGGAUCCGGUGUCCAAACUCGGAAACGCAUGUGCAAUGACCCCGCAGCAAAGUACGGCGGCAAAGAGUGUGUCGGUAAUGCCAAGGACACCCAGAUGUGCAACAAGAAAGCCUGUCCAGUUGAUGGGUGCCUGUCUAACCCCUGCUUUGCUGGAGCCAAGUGCAUCAGUUUCCCCGAUGGUUCGUGGAAGUGUGGAAAGUGUCCAGUUGGAUACACCGGCAAUGGCAUUAAGUGUAAAGAUGUAGAUGAGUGCAAGGAGGUCCCAGAUGCUUGCUUUGAGUUUAACGGUGUGCACCGCUGUGAGAACACCGAUCCCGGCUACAACUGCCUGCCCUGCCCUCCCCGCUAUGCAGGACCCCAACCGUUUGGCAGAGGUGUUGCGCAGGCUGCAGCUAAGAAACAGGUGUGCACGGCUCGUAACCCAUGCCUCGAUGGAAGCCACGACUGCAACAAGAACGCCCGCUGCAACUACCUCGGACACUUCGCCGACCCCAUGUACCGCUGCGAGUGCAAGCCGGGCUACGCUGGCAACGGUCACAUCUGUGGAGAAGAUACAGACCUGGAUGGGUGGCCCAAUGCUGACCUGGUGUGCGUGGAGAACGCCACCUACCACUGCAAAAAGGAUAACUGUCCCAACCUCCCAAACUCUGGGCAGGAAGAUUACGAUAAGGAUGGCAUCGGAGAUGCUUGUGAUAAUGAUGAUGACAAUGAUGGCAUUCCUGAUGACAGGGACAACUGCCCGUUCGUGUACAACCCCAGGCAGUAUGACUAUGACCGCGAUGACGUGGGUGACCGCUGUGAUAACUGCCCAUACAAUAGUAACCCUGACCAAACUGACACAGACAACAAUGGAGAGGGAGACGCCUGCGCUGUGGAUAUUGAUGGGGAUGGCAUACAGAAUGAAAAGGACAACUGCCCCUUUGUGUACAACGUCGACCAGAAAGACACGGAUCUGGACGGAGUGGGAGACAUGUGCGAUAACUGUCCACUGGAACAUAAUCCUGAUCAGGUGGAUUCAGAUGAUGACCGCGUGGGAGACACAUGUGACAGCAACCAGGACAUUGAUGAAGAUGGACACCAGAACAACCUGGACAACUGUCCGUACAUCCCUAAUGCCAACCAGGCCGACCAUGACAAGGACGGCAAGGGAGACGCCUGUGACCACGAUGACGACAAUGACGGCAUCCCUGACGACAAGGACAACUGCAGACUGGCCUUCAACCCCGACCAGCUGGACGCUGACGGUGAUGGCCGUGGAGAUGCUUGCAAAGACGACUUUGAUCAAGACAACGUUCCUGACAUCUACGACGUGUGUCCAGAGAACUUUGACAUCAGUGAGACAGACUUCCGCAAGUUCCAGAUGGUUCCUCUUGACCCUAAAGGCACCUCGCAGAUUGAUCCCAACUGGGUCGUCCGCCAUCAGGGCAAAGAGCUGGUGCAGACCGUCAACUGCGACCCUGGCAUCGCUGUUGGUUACCACGAGUUCAAUUCUGUGGACUUCAGCGGGACUUUCUUCAUCAACACAGAGAGGGAUGAUGAUUAUGCCGGCUUUGUUUUCGGCUACCAGUCCAGUUCCAGGUUCUACGUGGUGAUGUGGAAACAGAUAACGCAGACGUACUGGUCGAACAAACCCACCAAGGCCCAGGGCUACUCAGGCCUGUCGAUUAAAAUGGUCAACUCCACCACUGGCCCGGGGGAGCACCUCAGGAACGCCCUGUGGCACACAGGAAAUACCCCAGGACAGGUCCGCACUCUCUGGCAUGAUCCCAAGAACGUUGGCUGGAAAGACUUCACCGCCUACAGAUGGCAUCUGAUCCACAGACCAAGAACAGGCCUCAUUAGAGUUGUGAUGUACGAGGGCAAAAAAAUCAUGGCAGACUCCGGUAAUAUCUAUGACAAGACAUAUGCCGGCGGAAGGCUAGGUCUGUUUGUCUUCUCACAAGAGAUGGUAUACUUCUCGGACCUCAAGUAUGAAUGCAGAGAUGUUUAAAGGCACGGCAGGAAGCUCUGAGGAAUGCACCUUUUUUGUACAAAGUAUGAACUUCUGUACCCUGAUGCAAAUCUCCAGGGACCGAUCUUAUCUUUGCAACUCUUUUCCCUGCGAAACGCACACUCGGACAAGGCAAAGGGCAUGUGUCCAGCCUCUGUGUCACUUGAGGCUGGUUAGGACAGAGAAACGACCGAUUGGUUGCCAGCUGAAGAUCAGAGCGCCCCUUAGUUUCUACCCUUAGUAUCUACGGGAGCAAGAGGAGCUGGCCGGAAAGAAAACAAGCCCCCUAGCUUUGCCAGUAGGACACAAAUACCUUGCUAGUCCAGCCUGCUUACCUGCUCUCUGAGAGACCUCAUUCAUCUCUGCGUGGGAAUGGCUCCCCAAAGACAACUAUGCACUUCCAAACCUGUUCAUCUCUCUCUCUUGUACUGUCUCACCUCUUCAGCCUGUGUGUCUUUUUUUUACCUUACCUUUGGGAUGGACACCCCAAAGAAAAAACAAAACGAUGAUACAGUAUAUUCCCUUUGCUAUACCAGAUCUGCAAGGAUGUAGCAUCUGAAUGAUACUUUUGAGGACUCAGAGGAUGAAGACUGCAAUAACAUUUUUAGCGCUCUUGGUUAUUGAGGACUUAAGGAAACUGUUGGGAGUAGAGCUCGUUAGAAAUAUGGGGAUCAUGAUGUCAUGGGUGUUUGUUUUCUGGCAUGUACUGUAUGUGGAAGACUGUAACAAAGUGAUUUUAACCAUCAGCCUAAAAAUCUCUGUAGAGAAGAAAAAAUACAAAAUGAAAGUUAGCCACCUUUUGAGUUUACAAGUAUCAUGGGCUUGUUUAUGCUGGUGUCUUGUUAACUCAACUCUCAGGGUGAGAUGGGUGAGAAGUGACAAGCUUCCCAUAUUAAACCAGUAGGAACAUAAAAACUGUUUCACAGAAGAUUGCUAGGACAAAUGUUCCCUCUAAAUCUUAGAUCAAAACCUUCAUUGAAGAGAUAUAACUCUCAGUUUCUGAGGAUUUUAAUUUGAAAUUAUGUAAAUACAUGUAAUGUAUUCACUCUUACCUACAAUGUAGGCAAAACAAGAAAUGACAAUGCUUUAAAAAAGCUAAACAAAAUCCAUAUGAAUAUAACAGCAAAAACUGAUCUACAAUCCGGUACAGACAGCUGUCCAUCGUGUCCAAGUGUCCAACAUCUCUCGCUACAUAAAGUAAAUUCCUCCAAUAGGGCUUUUGAGCAAAAAGCGUUUGUGACGUGACGCUUUUCUUUAGAGAGAGAUGAAAACAAAGGACAUCUUUAAUGUACAAAUAUUACCUCAUAGCUGUUGUAUAAUUUGAUUUAACAAAAACACAACCAAGUACUUUUUCAUAUAAGAUGGAUUUCUUAUUUCUUAUCAGCUGUAAAUAGUGUGACAUUUCAUUCCCUGUCGAGCUUCCAAUCCCAUAAUCUACCCCAAUGAAAAAAAUAGUACAAAUGGGAGGUGUCUUUUUUUUAUAAAUCAUUUUGCUCUAUCAUGUAUGUCCAGUGCUGUUUUUAGCAGAUAAAUUAUGGUCUUAGCUGUUUGAAAGAGUUUGAUUUAGUGUGAGUGUGUGUGUGUGUGUGUGUGUGUGUGUGUGUGUAGAUAAAUGCUAUUUAAAUAAUUUAUCAGGAUCUGUUGCCUUCCCAAAGGCCACACGUCCAUCUGUACAAACGGUUUGCACACUGACGCGAGGAUGUUCUGUUCUUUAUUGUUUUUACCUUCCUUGUUAUUGUGUAUCAUUGUUACCAUUAUUUUUGUAUAAUUAGUUUGGCUUGUCUGUAAACAUUUUCUUAGUUGUACAGAGCAAAAGUGCUGUUUUUAUUCAUAGCGAUUAUUUUGUUACAUACUUCCAAGACAAUAAAUAGUUGUUAAAAUGAUAAA